AUGGCUGCAAUCAAAGAAACGAUCGCAGUAAUAGACAAGUCGGGAAAGAUGGUGUCAAAUAGCAAACAUUUGUUCGGUGUCUUCAAGGAAGCUCGUAAUGCUUAUCGCGAACGCAAAGCCGAAAUCCGAGCAGUCAAAGACGCCGAGAAACAAGCACAAAUGGCAGAACAGGAAGCUCGCCGGAUCAUGGCAAAUCUAACUCUCGAUGACAAACGAUCUGUGGCAUCGUCAAGGAAAUCGGGUAGGACACGGGCUUCCCAGAACCGGCAUUCAUCGGGUCAUUCACAGCGAAUUGAUGUUCCCUCGCGCUUUCAGUACGAACAGGAUUUACACCAUGGACAGUUAAUGUACCAGGAGCCUAGGUCACUGGAACAAACGGGACGUCGUCAUACUACCCAGGAGAUGACUGCCAAAGAAUCACCUACUGCAGUCGCAAGAUCACAAUCCAAUAAAUAUGUCGAUAUGGAUUUGGCGUAUGGGGACGCUCAUCCAUUGGCUUUGCAACAUUAUGAACAGAAACCUGUGGAUGAGGAGCAACUGAAUGGACUUGUUGCCAAAGCCAAAGGCUUACUAGAGGAGGCAGACUGCUUGCAGCACACCGCUACCACCACAAUGGCCCACCUACAGAAAAACCCCGAUGCCAUGGCGGCGGUCGCAUUGACUCUGGCUGAGAUCAGUAAUUUAACUUCCAAAAUGGCCCCGAGUAUCUUGGCAGGUUUGAAACUCAGCGCUCCAUCUGUUUUCGCGCUUCUGUCCAGCCCACAGUUUCUCAUUGCAGCUGGUGUGGGUGUUGGUGUGACUAUUGUGAUGUUUGGCGGUUACAAAAUCAUCAAAAAGCUCACGGCAGCACCGACGAUGGCACCGAUGGAAGCUCCUGCAUACGAAUUUGCACCUCUACCCAAAGCACCAUCCGCCAGUGCUGAUGAAUUGCUUGAGCUACAGAGCGAACACCUCAGCCGGGUAGAAGUUUGGCGACGCGGUGUAGCCGACUACGAAGCAAGCAGCGUUGGCUCAACGGUUGAUGGCGAAUUUAUCACGCCAAAGGCAGCCAUGAUGUCAGGUCUCGACUUGUCGGAUCCAACUAUAUUCCGACAUCGAGGUCUAGACGCGGAAGAAGAAUCAACAGCAUCUUCCAGACGAUCGAAGCAUUCGCGCCAGUCCCGCCAUUCGCGAAAUUCCUCCAGCAAGGCAGGCAGUUCGAAAGGUGGAGGUUCGAAAUCAAGAGCUGGCGGGUCAACAACAGGCGAGUCCCGGAAGAAAAAAACGACUGAACCGAAAAAGCCCAGUAGGUUACGAAUGAUGUUUACUGCAUAG